AAGGGGGCUUCACGGUACACACACACACACAGUCACUCAGCCCCGUAGCUAAGGGUCUAGAGUGUUCAUCUUAACUCUUUGCUGUCACCCGGGAUUUCUCCAUCCCAUAGGCAAGAUGUCUGCUGGUCAUAUGAUGGACAUGGCGGAGUUUGGGGAGGCUGCUGAGUACCUCCGCAAAAGUUAUGAGGAGCUGAUGAAAUAUCACACUAUGCCCUUUGACGGAAAGAAGAGGGCCUGGAUCCCAGAUGAAAAGGAAGCCUAUAUUGAAAUUGAAAUCAAAGAAUCCUCUGGUGGCAAAGUCACUGUGGAAACCAAAGAUAAAAAGAGCCUUGUUGUUAAAGAGGAUGACGUUCAACAAAUGAAUCCUCCCAAAUUUGAUAUGAUUGAGGACAUGGCCAUGUUAACUCACCUCAAUGAGGCUUCAGUGCUGCAUAACCUGAAACGGCGUUAUGCCAAAUGGAUGAUCUAUACCUAUUCGGGCUUGUUCUGUGUCACCAUAAACCCAUAUAAAUGGCUUCCAGUUUAUACUCCUCCUGUUGUCGCUGCCUAUAAGGGCAAGCGGAGAUCUGAGGUCCCACCUCACAUCUACUCCAUUGCCGAUAAUGCCUACAAUGACAUGUUGCGCAAUCGGGAGAAUCAGUCUAUGCUCAUCACCGGAGAAUCUGGUGCUGGUAAGACUGUAAACACCAAGCGGGUCAUUCAGUACUUUGCCAUUGUCGCAGCCCUGGGUGACUCUCCAGGGAAGAAAGGACAAGCUCCUGCCACUAAAACUGGGGGUACCCUUGAAGAUCAAAUCAUUGAGGCUAACCCAGCUAUGGAAGCUUUUGGGAAUGCCAAAACUCUGAGAAAUGACAACUCCUCACGGUUUGGCAAGUUCAUCCGCAUUCAUUUUGGUCCAUCAGGAAAGCUGGCUUCUGCGGACAUUGACAUCUACUUGUUGGAAAAAUCAAGAGUGAUUUUCCAGCAGCCAGGAGAGAGAAGCUACCACAUCUACUAUCAAAUCCUUUCUGGAAAGAAGCCAGAGCUCCAAGAUAUGCUUCUGCUCUCUUCCAAUCCAUAUGACUAUCACUUCUGCUCACAAGGAGUAACAACUGUGGACAACUUGGAUGAUGGAGAAGAACUCUUAGCUACAGAUCAUGCCAUGGACAUCCUAGGCUUCAGCCCCGAGGAGAAAUAUGGCUGCUAUAAAAUAGUAGGCGCCAUCAUGCACUUUGGCAACAUGAAGUUCAAGCAGAAACAGCGUGAGGAACAAGCAGAAACUGAAGGCACUGAAAGUGCUGAUAAAGCCUCUUACCUUAUGGGAAUCAGCUCAGGUGAUCUAAUCAAGGGGCUGCUCCAUCCAAGGGUGAAAGUUGGAAAUGAAUAUGUGACCAAAAACCAGACUGUUGAUCAGGUAGUCUAUGCAGUGGGAGCCUUAGCCAAAGCCACCUACGAUCGCAUGUUCAAGUGGUUAGUAAUUCGUAUCAACAAAACCCUGGACACUAAACUAGCCAGGCAGUUCUUCAUUGGAGUUCUAGAUAUUGCUGGCUUUGAGAUCUUUGAGUAUAACAGUUUUGAGCAAUUAUGCAUCAACUUCACAAAUGAAAAGCUGCAACAGUUUUUCAACCAUCACAUGUUUGUUCUGGAACAAGAAGAAUAUAAGAAAGAAGGGAUUGAAUGGGUCUUCAUUGAUUUUGGGUUGGACCUGCAGGCUUGUAUUGAUCUGAUUGAAAAGCCAAUGGGAAUCCUCUCAAUUUUGGAGGAAGAGUGUAUGUUUCCCAAAGCCUCUGAUACAUCAUUCAAGGCCAAAUUGUAUGAUAACCACAUUGGGAAAUCACCCAAUUUCCAAAAGCCCCGACCAGAUAAGAAGCGCAAGUAUGAAGCCCACUUUGAGUUGGUGCACUAUGCAGGAGUGGUUCCCUAUAACAUUGUUGGCUGGCUAGAUAAGAAUAAAGACCCUUUGAAUGAGACUGUGGUAGCCAUUUUCCAAAAAUCACAAAACAAACUACUGGCUACUUUAUAUGAAAACUAUGUGAGCUCUUCAUCAGAUGAAGGAGUUAAGACAGGGAAAGAGAAACGUAAGAAGGCAGCUUCAUUCCAAACAGUGUCCCAGCUGCAUAAGGAAAACCUGAACAAACUGAUGACCAAUUUACGUGCCACCCAACCCCAUUUUGUCCGCUGUAUCAUCCCCAAUGAAACAAAGACUCCAGGUGCCAUGGACCCCUUUUUAGUUCUUCAUCAGUUGCGAUGUAAUGGUGUGUUGGAAGGCAUCCGAAUCUGUCGGAAAGGGUUUCCAAACAGGAUUCUCUAUGCUGACUUCAGGCAACGCUACCGUAUCUUGAACCCUGCUGCCAUUCCUGAUGACAAGUUUAUGGAUAGCAGGAAGGCCGCAGAGAAACUGCUGACUUCCUUAGACCUUGACCCUUCUCAGUAUAAAUUUGGACACACUAAGGUGUUUUUCAAAGCAGGUUUACUGGGUAAUUUGGAGGAGAUGCGGGAUGAACGUCUGGCCAAGAUUAUUACCUUGCUGCAGGCUAGGAUGCGAGGGCGCAUUAUGAGAAUCGAGUAUGGUUGGAUUAUUGGCAGAAGGGAUGCCCUUUACACCAUCCAGUGGAAUCUUCGUGCAUUCAAUGCUGUGAAGAACUGGUCCUGGAUGAAACUUUUCUUCAAGAUCAAACCUCUCCUAAAGUCAGCUCAGACAGAAAAAGAAAUGGCAAUCCUCAAAGAGGAGAUGCAGAAGCUAAAGGAGGCCCUGGAGAAGUCAGAAGCAAAAAGGAAAGAGCUGGAAGAGAAGCAAGUCAGCAUUAUUCAGGAGAAGAAUGACCUAUCACUGCAACUUCAAGCAGAACAAGACAACUUAGCAGAUGCUGAAGAGCGCUGUGAUCUCCUGAUCAAAACCAAGAUCCAGCUGGAAGCUAAGGUGAAAGAACUAAUGGAGCGUCUCGAGGACGAGGAAGAGAUGAACUCAGACCUGACCUCUAAGAAGCGAAAGCUGGAGGAUGAAUGUGCUGAGCUAAAGAAGGACAUUGAUGACUUGGAAAUCACUUUGGCCAAGGUGGAAAAGGAAAAGCAUGCCACAGAAAACAAGGUUAAAAACCUGAUUGAAGAAAUGGCUGCUUUGGAUGAGGUCAUUGCUAAGCUGACCAAGGAAAAGAAGGCACUGCAGGAAGCCCACCAGCAAGCUCUGGAUGACCUUCAGGCAGAAGAGGACAAAGUCAAUACUCUGACCAAAGCUAAAGUCAAGCUGGAGCAGCAAGUGGAUGAUCUUGAAAGUGCCUUAGAGCAAGAGAAGAAGAUACGAAUGGAUUUGGAAAGGGCAAAGCGCAAGCUAGAAGGUGACUUGAAGCUGACUCAAGAGUCUGUGAUGGAUCUGGAGAAUGACAAGCAACAACUAGAGGAGAAACUCAAAAAGAAAGACUUUGAAAUGAAUCAGUUAAAUUCAAGGAUUGAAGAUGAGCAAAUCCUUGCAACUCAGCUGCAGAAGAAAAUUAAAGAACUGCAGGCCCGUAUUGAAGAACUGGAAGAGGAGCUUGAAGCAGAACGAGCUGCAAGAGCCAAGGUGGAGAAGCAGCGGGCAGAGGUGGCCCAUGAGCUGGAGGAACUAAGCGAACGGCUGGAGGAGGCGGGUGGUGCCACAGCUUGUCAGAUAGAACUGAACAAGAAGCGGGAAGCAGAGUUCUUAAAGCUGCGGCGGGAUCUGGAAGAGGCCACGCUGCAGCACGAAUCAACUGCUGCCGCCCUGCGCAAAAAGCAUGCGGACUCUGUGGCUGAACUGGGGGAACAGAUUGACAACCUGCAGCGUGUCAAACAGAAACUGGAGAAGGAGAAGAGUGAGCUGAAGAUGGAAGUGGAUGAUCUGUCUUCCAACAUUGACUACCUCACCAAGAAUAAGGCAAAUGCUGAAAAACUCUGCCGAACAUAUGAGGAUCAGCUGAGUGAAGCCAAAUCAAAGGUGGAUGAGCUCCAACGCCAGCUGGCUGAAGUCAGCACCCAGCGUGGGAGGCUGCAGACUGAAAGUGGAGAGCUGAGCCGGCUGCUUGAAGAGAAGGAGUCGCUUAUAAACCAGCUGAGUCGAGGCAAGACUUCCUUCACACAGACAAUUGAAGAACUCAAGAGACAGCUAGAAGAAGAGACCAAAUCCAAAAAUGCAUUGGCUCAUGCUUUGCAAGCAUCUCGUCAUGACUGUGACCUUCUGCGGGAGCAGUACGAAGAAGAGGUAGAAGCGAAAGGGGAACUCCAGCGGUCUUUAUCCAAAGCCAAUGCUGAAGUGGCCCAGUGGAGGACCAAGUAUGAGACAGAUGCCAUCCAGAGGACAGAAGAGCUAGAGGAAGCCAAGAAGAAGCUGGCCAUCCGUCUGCAAGAGGCAGAGGAAGCUGUGGAAUCAGCACAUGCCAAGUGCUCCUCUUUGGAGAAGACCAAGCACCGUUUGCAAACGGAGAUUGAGGACCUCUCAAUUGACUUGGAGAGAGCUAAUUCAGCCGCUGCUGCCUUGGACAAAAAACAGCGCAAUUUUGACAGGAUCAUUUCUGAGUGGAAGCAGAAAUAUGAGGAGACACAGUCAGAGCUGGAGUCUUCUCAAAAGGAGUCCCGAAGCCUAAGCACAGAACUAUUCAAGCUCAAGAAUGCCUAUGAGGAGUCACUGGAGAAUCUAGAGACUCUCAAACGGGAAAACAAGAACUUGCAAGAGGAAAUUACUGACCUGACUGAUCAGAUUGGCAUGAGUGGUAAAACCAUUCAUGAGCUGGAGAAGCUGAAGAAAGGCCUGGAGAGUGAGAAGAAUGACAUCCAGGCUGCCCUGGAGGAGGCUGAGGGAGCCCUGGAGCACGAGGAGAGCAAGACUCUGCGCAUCCAGUUGGAAUUGUCCCAAAUUAAAGCAGACGUUGAUAGGAAACUGGCUGAAAAAGAUGAAGAGUUUGAGAAUUUGAGGCGUAACCAUCAGAGAGCCAUGGACUCCAUGCAGGCCUCUUUGGAUGCAGAAGCCAAGGCCAGAAACGAGGCCAUUAGGUUGCGGAAGAAGAUGGAGGGAGACCUGAAUGAGAUGGAGAUCCAGUUGAGCCAUGCAAAUCGCCAGGCUGCGGAGUCUCAGAAACUGGUGCGGCAGCUCCAGGCCCAAAUGAAGGACUUGCAGAUAGAAUUGGAUGACACCUUGCGCUAUAAUGAUGACCUGAAGGAACAGGCAGCUGCUCUGGAAAGGCGCAACAACUUGUUGAUGGCUGAGGUGGAGGAACUGCGUGCAGCGCUGGAACAGGCUGAGCGCGGAAGGAAGCUGGCUGAGCAGGAGCUCUUGGAGGCCACGGAGAGAGUCAAUUUGUUGCACUCCCAGAACACAGGCCUGAUUAACCAGAAGAAGAAGAUGGAAGCAGACAUUUCUCAGCUGAGCACGGAGGUGGAGGAGGCGGUUCAGGAGUGUCGGAAUGCAGAAGAAAAAGCCAAGAAGGCCAUUACUGAUGCAGCCAUGAUGGCAGAGGAACUGAAAAAGGAGCAGGACACGAGCGCUCACCUGGAACGGAUGAAGAAGAAUAUGGAACAAACCAUCAAGGAUCUACAGAUGCGACUGGAUGAGGCUGAACAGAUUGCCCUCAAAGGAGGCAAGAAGCAGAUCCAGAAGCUAGAGGCUAGGGUGAGAGAACUGGAAGGUGAGUUGGAUGUAGAACAGAAGAAAAAUGCGGACACUCAGAAGGGAAUUCGGAAAUAUGAGCGCAGGAUCAAAGAGCUGACUUACCAGACUGAAGAGGACAGGAAGAACCUGGCACGGAUGCAGGAGCUGAUUGACAAAUUGCAGAGCAAAGUCAAGAGCUACAAGCGCCAGUUUGAGGAGGCUGAGCAACAAGCCAACUCCAACCUGGUGAAAUACCGUAAGGUACAACAUGAGCUGGAUGAUGCAGAAGAGAGAGCCGAUAUUGCAGAGACACAAGUCAACAAGCUACGGGUUCGCACGAGAGAUGUUGUGACUCUGAAGCAUGAAGAGUAAGAAGCUACAGCACAACCUCUACGACUGUCAUGUCUGCCACUGUAUAGAUGUAAAUGGCUGCAACAGCCAUUGCAAUUCUAGUAGUAAAUAAAUCUAGCAUUCAUGAAAAUCUA